AUGUGCUAUCGCCCUCGUGAUCAAACUGCUGAGGGUGACCUUGAGUUGAAUAAGGAAAUCAGAGAGACAUCAAAGAGAGCCAGAGCUGCAAUAAAGGGUGACUUCAAUUACCCUCAGAUAGACUGUGUAUAUUCACAUUCAGCCAUUCCUUUGAGGAUGCUACUAUUGUCGGAGGGCGAGGUGGGAAGGAAGUGGGACCGGUGUUUGGCUGACUCCGCCGUCAAGCUGGGUGCGGGUUUUGGGCUGGGCAUCGUCUUCUCGGUCAUUUUCUUCAAAAGGAAGACGUGGCCCAUUGCUUUCGGAUCCGGCAUGGGGCUCGGGAUGGCUUACUCCAACUGCCAGCACGACUUCCAGUCCCUGUACCUUCUCCACGGGAAGUUUGUCAAGGAGCAGUGACAUGUGCCUCAAAAGACCCCUCUGUGACAGAGGAACGGAGAUGCCUGGGUUACCCUUCAGGAAGGUUGGAGCGUCCCAGUCCUGAGACGACGGUCUUUGGAAGCGCGCGCCCCUUUUCAGUGGCGAGCUAUGAUUGCCUGACACCAAAUCUUGCUUUGUAUCUUCUGUUGGAAAUG